GGCCUGGACCCCCAGUGUUCCGGGGCGGGGCGGCGCGGCGCGGCGCGGGGCGGCUGCGUGCCCCCUGUCCAGCAGUACAGUUUCUCUUUCCUUAUGCAGGUGUAGGGUCAGGGGUCACUGCCUUCGUUCUUAAACAUUUUAACUCUGGAAAUACUGCAGCAGUGAGGUCUGAAUCUUAACAGCGGCGCGCCCGGCCGGGGCCACACGUCCUGGACGGCCUCUCGGUGCGGCUGAGGUGGGGAGAGCCGGGAGGCCGACCUCCUGCCCCCGUGACCCCGGCGCGUGCACCACGAGCCUGUCGUCUGCCCGGUUCCCCCGCGCGGACGUGCGACACACACAACUCUCGGUUGAGGCAAAACUUCCUGUCACCGAAACGUGGGGAGUCUCUUAAGCGCACAAUAGGCGGGAUGUCCCCGAAGAUGGGGAUGGUAUCCAGGAGCACAGAGCUUGAACAAAAAAGUAGAAAACUUCGAAUUAAGUGUGACAUCUUUUACCUGAUUAAGAUUACGGUUGAAGAUGACAGUGAUGCAGAGACCAAUGGAGAAGAGAACGAGGAGCAGGGAAAUUAUUCUAAAAGAAAGAUAGUCUCUAACUGGGAUCGAUACCAAGAUAUUGAAAAAGAGGUCAAUAACGAAAGUGGAGAAUCACAGAGGGGAACGGACUUCAGUGUUCUCCUCAGCUCUGCAGGGGACUCAUUCUCACAGUUCCGGUUUGUUGAAGAGAAAGAGUGGGAUGGUGAAGUGUCAGCUCCAAAACAGAAUUCAGCGUUUUAUGUGGACUGCGAGUCACUGGUCCGAGCCCUUCAAGAACUGCCUCUCUCUCUCCGGCUCAAUGUUGCUGCCGAGUUGGUCCAGACCGCCCUUCCUUUAGAGCUUCCUCAGAUGAAACCAAAGAGGAACGACGAAGCCAAGGGACUGGGGAUGCAGUUAAAAGGGCCCUUGGGUCCUGGCGGAAAGGGGUCUGUCUCUGAGCUGAAACCUGCCGCCUGCUGCCCUGCCCCCUUGGGGGGUCCCCAGAAACCCACUGCCCCACUGCCGUCGGCAGCAGACCACUUGGAGGAAGAAUUAGAUCUGCUGCUUAGUCUAGACGCACCUGUAAGAGAGGGGGAGAGCAUCCUACCGGACCUGACGCCUGGAUUAGAAUCUGAGAAAGACGGAGACGUGGCCCAGGAAGGAAAAGGUCCCACAGAACCAUCUGUGACAGACGAAAAGAAUGUGCAAUCUGAGCAACCAAGUACAUCAAAACCCGUUACUGAGGAAGAGCUUGAAGACUGGUUGGACAGUAUGAUUUCAUAACGUAAAAAAGAAAAAUGGGAAAAAAAAGUGCCUGAAGCAGAUUUUGGUUGCCUUGUCCAGUCGGGGUGGGCCCAAGGCUGUCCUUCCAGAAUAGCUGGUUCUGAGCAUGCUCCAAGCCCAUGUGUCCCACCACAUUUGCCGCAGUGAAGGCCUACCUCUACGUUCCACAACAUCCAAAACUAUACAUUUAAGAGACUUGUGGCAUUUGUUCUCUGGCUUAGUGAUCUGCUAGAUUGCUUGAGGGCAGCCUCCUUCCUUGCAGUGUUUACAGCUGAGCAGUGCCGCUGCUAGACUAGAAACAAGAAACAAGGCAUGCAUUUGGCCCAAAUAAACCAACGCUGGUCUAUGGAA